GCCCGCGCCGGCCGCUGGGGCGGAUAAAACCCCGUCGCGCCGCGGGUGAGGGCCGGAGGGAGGAGACGGUGCCCGAGCGCCACAGGAGUAUGACGGGGCUGUACGAGCUGGUGUGGCGGGUGCUGCACUUGCUGUUCUGCCUGUACCGCACGCUCACCUCCUGGCUCCGCGUUCGCUUCGGCACAUGGAACUGGAUCUGGCGGCGCUGCUGUCGCGCCGCCUCCGCCUGCUCCCUAGCGCCGCUCGGCUUCACGCUCCGCAAGCUCCCGGCCGUCGGCAGGAACCGGCGUCAUCACCGGCACCCGCACGGGGACCGGGACCAGCCGCCACCCACCCCCCGGCUGCGCUGGCGCGCGGACGGCCGGUCCCUGCAGAAGCUGCCGGUGCACAUGGGCCUGGUGAUCACCGAGGAAGUGCAGGAGCCCAGCUUCUCAGACAUCGCCAGCCUCGUGGUGUGGUGUAUGGCCGUGGGGAUCUCCUACAUUAGCGUCUACGACCACCAAGGUAUUUUCAAGAGAAAUAAUUCCAGAUUGAUGGAUGAAAUUUUAAAACAACAGCAGGAACUUUUGGGCCAAGAUUGUUCCAAAUACUCACCAGAGUUUGCAAAUAGUAACGACAAAGACGAUCAAGUUUUAAAUUGCCCAUCGGCAGUGAAGGUGCUGUCCCCAGAAGAUGGAAAAGCGGACAUAGUGCGAGCCGCCCAGGACUUUUGCCAGUUAGUAGCCCAGCAGCAGAGGAAGCCCACAGAGCUAGAUGUAGAGCUGCUCGACAGCUUACUGAGUUCACAUGGCUUCCCUGAUCCUGACCUAGUGUUGAAGUUUGGUCCUGUGGACAGCACGUUAGGCUUUCUUCCCUGGCAAAUCAGAUUGACUGAGAUCAUCUCUUUGCCUUCUCACUCAAACAUCAGCUAUGAGGACCUUUUCUCCGCCCUCCGGCAGUAUGCAGCUUGUGAACAGCGUCUGGGGAAGUAAUGGUCCCUGCUUGCAUAAUUUGACUUCAGGCUUUUGGAGAAAAGGACCCAAGUGACUGAUGUUUACAAAGUACCUAUAAAACUCUGUACACACCUA